CUGUAUUCAGUCAAUCAUUAAUCGCAGUGUCCAGGAAGGUCUCUCUCGGUGAACAUGGGUCCUCGUACAGGCGGAACUGAUUGGACUCCGUAGUCCACAGGCUUUUAUUUCCGUUUAAAAUUUCAGUUUGACAACCAGGAUCUCAGCAGCGCUUCUUCAGGGGGCCGAUGUGAGUGUGUGAUCCUGUGAGAAGAUGAGUAAAGGAUCCAACUGCAGCUGGGUGGGGGCAGAGAUUCCUCUGUCCUCUCAGUUCUUCGAUGUGAUCAGGAAGGACCUCUGGCUGUUCCUCAUUCCUGCUGGCCUGGCCCUCAUCAUGCUCAUCUUGUUCCUGGAGGAGAUGGGCUUCUUCUACCGAAACGUGUCAUCCUCCAGACGCAGGCGUCUCUCUCUGUGGAUCCUGGGAUUGUACCCGGCGUUUGGAAUGACGUCCAUCACUGCUCUGUACGUGCCUCGCUCUUCCUCUCUCUGCAACUUCAUCGCUUCACUGUAUCACUCCAUAACGUUGUUUAAGUUCAUGGGCCUGAUCACAGACUUUUUUGGGGGGAAGGCGCGGAUGAUUGAGGUUCUGGCCGGACAGCAGGUUUCUCCAGACCCCUUUCCCUGCUGCUGCUGCUGCUGUAUGCCCCUCAUCGCCAUCAGCAGUUUCAGUCUGGGCUGGAUGACUGCGGCUGUAAUCCAGCUCUCUGUGGUGAGAACCAUCCUGUUCUUCCUCAUGCUGGUUCUUUGGACAGAUGAACAGUAUGACUAUGGAGAUGUGGACUCUGUUAACCCCAAUGUCUACGUCAAUGCCAUCAUCGGUGUGUCCACGUUCCUGUCCUUCUACGGGUACCUUCUCUUCUACAAGGCCACCAAGCAGGGACUAAAAGGGUUUGGGCUCCGGGCCAAAUUCAUCUGCAUCAUCGUGGUUCUGGUUCUGUGUGGCCUUCAGAGCGGGAUCCUGGAGACUAUGGGGGCGCUGAAAGUCAUCCCCUGCAGCCCCCCUUUCUCUGACCUCAUGAGGUCCCAGCUUAUAUAUCACUAUUCGGUGAUAGUGGAGAUGUUCUGCAUCAGCUUGUUUGCUCGACAAAUCUUCCGGAAGGUGGAACCCUACUCAGAAGAUCUAGGGGUGGAGCCUAUCUCAGAGGAGGUCCUCGGGGUGGAGCUACAGCCAAGGAGAGGGCAGAGAGAGAUGGAUAUUCAGACAGAGCAAGUGUGGCCUGCCGAGAGCCAGACCAAAACGAUACCCGAGGAACUGUGGCCAGGCAUCUCAGGGGGUGGAGCUAGCAAUCCUGGAUACAACAGCGAUAGUGAGGACAGUUUGUGCCGGAUUGAACAUGCUCCUCUGGAUCACUUCAUGUUCCCGAAGAAAGGCAUGACUUUGCCCAGUUCUUCGCAGCCUGCAAGCUCAAAGAACAGAGAGAUUGGCUCUAUGGAGAUGUCCACAGUUACCCUCAACCCUGGGAUCCAGAACAGUGAGAGCAGAGAAGCCACCAUUGUCUAAUGGUCAGUCUGUGAGAUAUGGGCACAUAGACACAAUGUCCUUACCUUUUCUGUUUUCUGAAAACCACUGUCACACUUGGCCAAAGUGUGAUUUUUUGUUGAGCAUCUGUUUUGGAGAAUACCAAAGAAAUUGGAGACAUUUUGUCAUUCUUGGUUGUGUUUGUGUGUACUGUCAGAAGUACUACUGUCAGAACAACUGCAAACCAGAUACAUGAAUAGACGGACCCUGAGAGCACAUGAGGAAGAAGGGGGAAGUAUGUUUCACUUCUAGUUAGGUAGCAAGGUAUUGUUCACAUACCAUUUUGUUUUUGCUAUAUUCUAUUCUGUAAUACUUUAUUACUUCAUAAAUGAAUUGUUUUGCUUCCCCUGUCAUAUGCUGGAUGUGUCUAUUAAUUCUUUUUUGCUUUAGUGAGUAAACAAGCAGUUGGAAAGUUGACCUGGAAUUUUUUUAACACUCACAGAAUGAUGACAAGUCUUCCAGUGCAACGUAUUUUAAUGAAAAGCAGCAGUUCUUUUUCAUUACAAACAACACAAUAGCUUUUAGCUGCCCACAUACAGAGACACUCGCUCUCGGCUCGCUUAUCUUUGCUGGAAUAUUAGCAACGAGCUAAGUAAAAAUAUAGCCACAAGCGGCGAUGAUCAGGGUCCAAGCAGAUUGGGAGCAUGUGGAUGCUUGUUUGUUAUUUAAUUGUUAAUGAAAUGUGGUUUUCAUGAAUGCAAGCUGAAAUAAUGAGACACAGUCAACCGAAGAACUUGAAGAUUUAGCAUUAAGACCAGGUGAAGUAAGGCAAAGGCAGGGUUUGAACCCUCAACCUUUGGAUUGGGAAACAAAGUCCUUUUCACUGAGUUACUGGCAAAUUCAGUGUUGAGUACAUGUAUGCAUGAACAAAAAAUAUGAAAGGGUGUAAUUCCACGAAGUUUUUGAAACACAAGAUACAUUGUGAAUUGAAUACAUUUUACAGUUUAAAUACUUAGGUUAAUUGUAUACUUUUAGCACAAUUUUGUGUAUUCAUUUUAAAAUGGAGAUGAAUGGAGCAUUUCUUAAAUGUAUGUAAUUGUCUGUAUUCAUUCAUGUGUUCAUUUGAAAUUGAGUCUGAUCUUAAAUAUUUAACAAAUUAAAUGAUAU